AUGUCUUCACAGGGCUCUGUGAGGAAGCGGAAAGACGUUUCGACACCCGCCAAAGCGAAAGAUGGUCCAGCAACUGGCAUUGCGACUCCCCGCGAGCCCGACCUCGAUGCCCUCGUAAAGGCAAACUUAAGUUCGAAAGGCGCUGGAGUGGAAUGGGAUUACCGGGCUGCAAUCACAGUUAUUACAGUGCUUGCAUUCAUAACUAGAUUCUGGGGAAUAAGUCAUCCCAAUGAGGUCGUUUUCGACGAGGUCCAUUUUGGCAAGUUUGCCUCAUACUACCUCGAGCGAACAUACUUUUUCGAUGUCCAUCCUCCCUUCGGAAAACUCCUCUUCGCCCUAAUGGGUUGGUUCGUUGGAUAUGAUGGACGCUUCCAUUUCGAGAACAUUGGCGAUUCCUACAUCACCAACAAGGUUCCAUACGUGGCUUACCGGGCAAUGCCAGCACUUUUGGGUGCUCUCACGGUUCCUGUGGUCUUCGACAUAAUGUGGGAGUCUGGAUAUACACUUCCAGCAUGUAUUGUUUCUGCCUGCCUAAUUCUCUUCGACAAUGCCCACAUUGGUCAGACACGUCUGAUUCUUCUCGAUGCGACCCUCGUCUUCGCCAUGGCCUGCAGUCUAUUAUGUUACAUCAAGUUUUAUAAGCUUCGCCAUGAGCCUUUUGGAAGGAAAUGGUGGAAGUGGCUUCUUCUGACCGGGUUUGCACUUAGUUGCGUUAUCUCGACCAAAUAUGUCGGUCUAUUCGCAUUCGUGACAAUUGGUUCCGCAGUCGCAAUUGAUCUUUGGGAUCUUUUGAAUGUUAACCGUCGCCAAGGGGCCCUCGACCUCCCGGAAUUCGGUAAGCAUUUUGCGGCCCGGGCCUUUGCCCUGAUCAUUGUACCAUUCAUGUUCUACCUCUUCUGGUUCCAGGUUCAUUUUGUGAUCUUGAACCGUUCCGGGCCAGGAGAUGAUUUCAUGUCCCCUGAGUUCCAGGAGACACUCAGCGAUAAUGUGAUGACAGCCAACGCCAUUACCGUCAACUACUACGAUAAUAUUCAAAUCAAGCACAAGGAGACCAAUCACUUCCUACACAGUCACCCAGACAAGUACCCACUGAGAUAUGACGACGGCCGUGUGUCCAGUCAAGGGCAGCAAGUUACUGGAUACCCUUACGCAGACGCCAACAAUCAUUGGCAAAUCCUCCCAGUCAACAACGAUUUGGCUGAAGGACGCGUGGUCAAGAAUAAUGACCUUGUGAGACUUCGCCAUGUUAUCACCGAUACCAUGCUUCUUUCUCAUGAUGUUGCCUCUCCGUACUUUCCCACCAACCAGGAAUUUACAACAGUUCCAAUGGCAGACGCAAUGGGAGACCGACUCAAUGAUACUCUGUUCGAAAUCAGGAUCGAAAAUGGCAAAGCCAAUCAAGAGUUCAAGAGUCUUUCCGGCCAAUUCAAACUUAUUCAUAACCCAAGCAAGGUUGCAAUGUGGACCCAUACUAAACCUCUUCCAGACUGGGCUUACAACCAGCUAGAAAUCAACGGUAACAAGAACCUCGGCCAAAGCUCCAACAUCUGGUUCGUUGACGAAAUUCCAUCAAUUCCUAAAGACAGCCCACGUUUGAUCAAGACCGAGCGCAAAGUCAAGAGUGUACCAUUCCUCAAGAAAUGGUUCGAGUUGCAGAGAGCCAUGUUCUAUCAUAACAAUGCUCUAACCAGUAGCCACCCUUACGCUAGUGAGCCUUUCGUCUGGCCAUUUCUAUUAAGAGGUGUGAGUUUCUGGACUCAAAAUGAUACCCGCCAGCAAAUCUACUUUCUAGGAAAUCCUCUUGGCUGGUGGCUGGCAAGUAGUUUGCUCGCAGUGUAUGCCGGCAUCAUUGCAGCAGAUCAACUGUCAUUGCGCCGUGGAGUUGAUGCUUUGGAUCUGCGCACACGCUCCCGUCUUUAUAACUCUACUGGGUUUUUCUUCCUUGCAUGGGCCAUGCAUUAUCUCCCAUUUUACCUUAUGGGACGUCAACUCUUCUUGCAUCAUUACCUCCCUGCUCAUCUGGCCUCCACACUUGUCACUGGUGCGCUUCUCGAGUUCAUAUUCAAUGUGGAACCUGUUCUCGAUGACCCUGCCAUCACCAAGGGCGCCAACAAGACAGCUCAAAAGCAACGCCCAGCACGUGAGAAGAUAGCUGGACAGAACCUAUUGAUGUCAUGGGCUGCGGCUGGUGUCAUCAUUGCUAUCGUUAUUGGAGGAUGGUACUACUUCUUGCCAUUGACAUACGGUUAUCCAGGACUUGAUGUUGCUCAAGUUCAGGCCCGUAAAUGGCUCGGGUACGAUCUACACUUUGCGAAAUAG